CUGCAUCCAUGGCCUGGUUGAUGCGGAGUGAAGCCUCGGAGGUAGUAGUCUACUUACAAGUAUGAGGAGGAUGUUGUCUUUCUCAAGAGUCUUGGAGUACAUGAUCGUGCGAAUUUUUAUGUUGAUCUUGUUGAUCUUGUUGAAAUGAGCGUUGGGAGUUCGAAUAUGAUAGUUUGAAUAUGAUUGGGAAAUAUGAUCCUACAAGAGUAUUGAGAUUUUUCUUGGGUCUUUUGGAUAGUUUCGAUGACGAGCUAAGUGUUGAGACUCUUUUGAAGCUGGUUACUGUGGAAUGUUUCGAUCGUUCUCUUGUGAUUGUUGGUGCUGAGAUUCUGACGCGGCUUGUGAGAUUCUGGUUCAAGUAUCUUGAGAGCAAGCUGAUGCCGCUUGCUGCUCGGUGGCUAUGCGCAUGAUACAAGGAAACGAUGGCCACGCCUGACUUCGCAGAAUCCGACGGGGCGCCAAGCAUUGACUAUGGCUGGAUGCGAUCCCUGUCGAAGGCGAUGGAAGAGACUGAGCUUCCUGCCACGCUCUUGGAUGCUGUACAACCUCUGGAGCGCUUUCCUGAGAUCGACAUGGACAUCUUGACGUUUGUGGUGAAGUCCAAGAGCUCUGAGUGGCAGGAGGUGCUUCACGACCCGCAACACUUCAACCUGCCCCAAUCUUACCGCAUCGACUUUGCCGUGUGCAUCCACGUAUACACGCUGAGUGACCCUCCGGUCUUUGCAAUCAUCAACCGUGAGAUGUUCAACCGUGAUCGUCGCCAGGUGGGAGGUGGUCGCAGUAUCUCACCGGCACUUGGUGCGUGUCUGCCCUACAUCAAGUUUUUACGAGAGGCCCUGAGAGCGUUGCCCCAAAGGUUCAAGUACAAGGGUGAAGCUCGACGGGGAGUCAAGUGGGUCUAUCCCUCGCCAGACCAUCACAAUCCGACCAGCCAUUUCAAGACAGGGCGAAAACUGAUGUGGUAUGAGUACAAAUCCACAAGUAAGGAGCCACAGGUGAUGACACGUGUGAACUUCUGCGGGAUCAACGCAG